AUGGCGCUGGCGGCGGGGCUGGGGGCGCUGGGGGCCGUGGGGGCGCUCCUGGGGGGGCUCUGGGGGGCUCCCCUGGCCGCGGGGGCGCUGGGGGGGCUCUGGGGGGCUCCCCUGGCCGCGGGGGCGCUGGGGGCUCUCCUGGCGCUGCAGCGGCUCCUGCGGCCGCACCUCUGGGCCGACCUGGCGUUCGCGCUGCGGGCGCUGCGGGCGCGGCGGCGGGCGCGGCGCGGCCCCGGCGGCUCCGUGGUGUCCCGGUUCCUCCGCGCGGCGCGGGCGGCCCCGGCGCGGCCGUUCCUGCGGGCCCGGGCGGGCGCGGAGCCGCUGGGGCGGGCGGCGCGGAGCGUGGCGCGGGUGGCGAACGCGCUGCGGGCGCUGCGGGCCCCGCCGCGGCCCGGGGACACCGUGGGGCUGCUGGUGGGCAACGAGCCCCGCUUCGUGUGGGGCUGGUUCGGGCUGGCGGCGCUCGGAGCCCGCCCGGCCUUCCUGGGCACGGCGCUGCGCCCCGCGGGGCUGCGGCACUGCCUGCGCGGCUGCGGGGCGCGGGCGCUGCUGGUGGCGGACGGUGAGAGCGGGACACCGGGGGGACACCGGGGAGAUACCGGGGGGAUAACGGGGGGACAGCGGGGGGACACCAUCUGUUCGGCUCGGUGGAGCCGCUGCUGCCCAGCCUGCGGGAGGACGGGGGUGGCCGUGUGGGUGCUGGGCUCGGGGCCGUACCCCCCCGGCGUGGUGGCCCUGCAGGAGCUGCUGGACGCGGCCUCCGAGGAGCUGCGGCCCGAGGACGUCUGGGAGCCCGAGGACAUGAACGACACCUGCCUCUACAUCUUCACCUCGGGCACCACCGGCCUCCCCAAAGCCGCCCGCGUGUCCCACCUCAAGUCCAUCAUGUGCCUGAGCUUCUACGAGCUGGUGGGAGCCUCCAGCAGCGACGUGGUGUACCUGGCACUGCCCCUCUACCACAUGGCCGGCUCCCUGCUGGGCAUCGUCGGCUGCCUCGGCAUCGGGGCCACGUGCGUGCUGAAGGAGAAGUUCUCAGCCAGCCACUUCUGGGACGAUUGCCGCGCCGAGGGCGUCACCGUGUUCCAGUACAUCGGCGAGCUGUGCCGCUACCUGGUGAACCAGCCCCCGCGCCCCGGGGAGCGGCAGCACGGGCUGAGGCUGGCGGUGGGCAGCGGGCUGCGGCCCGACGUGUGGCGCAGCUUCCAGCGGCGCUUCGGGCCCGUGCGCGUGGUGGAGACGUACGGCAUGAGCGAGGGCAACGUCACCCUCUUCAACUACACGGGCACGCCGGGCGCCGUGGGCCGCUGCAGCUUCAUCUACAAGCUCUUCUCGCCCUUCGAGGUCGUUCGCUUCGACGUGGCGGCCGGGGCGCCGGAGCGCGACCGGGCCGGGCGCUGCAUCCGCGCCCGCGCGGGCGAGACGGGGCUGCUGAUCGCGCCGGUGACGCGGCGGACGCCGUUCCUGGGCUACGCCGGCAGCCCGGAGCUGUCGGAGCAGAAGCUGCUCCGCGGGGUCUUCGCCGAGGGCGACGCCUUCUUCAACACCGGCGACCUGGUGGAGCAGGACGAGCAGCAGUUCGUGCGCUUCCGCGACCGCACCGGGGACACCUUCCGGUGGAAAGGCGAGAACGUGGCCACCACCGAGGUGGCCGAGGCGCUGCUGGCCCACGAGUCCCUGCAGGAGGCCACCGUGUACGGCGUCCCCGUGCCAGGGCACGAGGGCCGUGCCGGGAUGGCCGCGCUGGUGCUGCGGCCCGGCCGCGCCCUGGACGGGCCCGGCCUCUACCGGCACCUGGAGCGGCUCCUGCCGCCGUACGCGUGGCCGCGCUUCCUCCGCCUGCAGGAGCGGCUGGAGAUGACCGAGACCUUCAAGCAGCGCAAGGCGCGGCUGCUGCGCGACGGCUGCGACCCCGCGCUGGUGGCGGCGCCGCUGCUGGUGCUGGACGAGGCCGCCCGAGCCUUCGUCCCGCUGGACGCCGAGCGCUGGCAGCAGCUCCGGGACGGGAGGAUGCGGAUCUGAGCCCGAAAUCCACCCCGGGACCCCCGAAAUCCACCCCGGGUGUCCCAAAAUCCACCCCGGGGGUCCCAAAAUCCACCCCGGGGGUCCCGAAAUCCAUC